GAGUGGCACAGACCGACCAGUCUCCUCGGCCCGCUUCCCAGCGAAACUCACUGCACACUCCCCCACUCCCCCAGCAGGCCAGCAGCAAUUCACGGGUGGCGAGGCCGAGCGCUAGCCACCUGCCCUCCCCGGCAUUCUUGCCGUAUUCGCGGAUCGGCCCUCGCCGUAGGUGGCCAGGGGGGCUUUCUGCGAGAGGAAAGGGCGUUCUUGCAAUUUGGAGAGAAAGGGAGGUGGUUAGAGGAAAAGAAGUGGGGUUGUUGUCUUGCUGAGCUGAGCGGUGGAAGCAGCGGUGUAGGGGAAGCGAAUGGCGACGGCGUGGGGUGGCACCGCGUGGGUGCUAGCUGCAGCGGUGGUGUGCGUGCUGUGGGCGGCCGCGGCGGAGGCCAGGUCGCCGGCUGCGAGGGCGCACCGGCACCUGAGGCGGCUCAACAAGCCGGCCGUCAAGAGCAUCGAGAGCCCAGAUGGAGACAUCAUCGAUUGCGUGCAUAUUUCCCACCAACCAGCCUUUGAUCAUCCUCUCCUUAAGAAUCACACAAUACAAUUUAGGCCAGCCUACCACCCGGAAGGUCUAUAUGAUGAUGCCAAGAGCAGCAUAGGCUCCAACAAUGCCAGCGAGAAGCCGAUGCUCCAGCUGUGGCAUCAAAAUGGUAGGUGUCCAGAGGGGACGGUACCGAUCAGGAGAACAAAGAAGGAUGACCUGCUCCGAGCGAGCUCCAUGCGGGAAUAUGGCAGGAAACGGCAUACUGCUCCGAACCCAUUGUCUGUUGAUCCCAACAUGCUCAGCGAGGGCGGUCACCAACAUGCCAUAGCGUACGUCGAGGGUGAUAAAUACUACGGCGCGAAGGCCACCAUAAAUGUGUGGGAGCCCAAGAUUCAGCAGGCUAACGAGUUUAGCUUGUCCCAGCUCUGGAUCUUGGGGGGAUCAUUUGGGGAAGAUCUUAACAGCAUCGAGGCUGGUUGGCAGGUUAGCCCGGACCUCUACGGGGACAACAACACGAGGUUGUUCACAUACUGGACUAGUGAUGCGUACCAAGCAACAGGGUGCUACAACAUCUUGUGCUCGGGUUUCAUUCAGAUCAACAGUGAGAUCGCCAUGGGGGCGAGCAUCUUCCCCAUCUCGAACUACGCUGGCUCCCAGUAUGAUAUCAGCAUACUGAUAUGGAAGGACCCAAAGGAAGGCAACUGGUGGAUGCAGUUUGGCAAGGAGUAUGUCCUCGGCUACUGGCCGUCCUUCCUCUUCUCCUACCUCGCCGACAGCGCGUCGAUGAUCGAGUGGGGUGGGGAGGUGGUGAACUCAGAGCCGGACGGCACGCACACUUCGACGCAGAUGGGCAGCGGGCGCUUCCCCGAGGAAGGGUAUGGGAAGGCGAGCUACUUCAAGAACAUCCAGGUGGUGGACAGCACUAACCAGCUCAGUGCCCCAAAGGGGGUGGGCACCUUCACCGAGCAGUCGAACUGCUACGACGUGCAGAACGGCAACAAUGGCGACUGGGGCACCUACUUCUACUACGGCGGCCCCGGCAAGAACUCAAACUGCCCAUGACUUGUGAGAUGCUGUCGCCGUAAUCCAUGAGCAAAUGUAACCAAGCAUUCAAGUGUGCAAUACAGCAUCGAUAUGCAUCGCUUUAUACAAUCCUAGGCAGUGUGCAUGUGCCCUAGCGCUUUUUCCCCCCUUUUCUUGUUCAUCUCUCUCUCUCUCUCUCUCUCUCUCUCUCUCUCUCUCUCUCUCUCUCUCUUCCGUGUGCCAUGUAAAAUUUCUGAAGAGAAAAGCAUGGCUUGAGGUGGUGGUGCUGGGCUGGUGAUCCCCUCUGGAUGUGGCAAGUCAGACGGCAGGUGAUGAUGCUAUUGCUUAUUGGUUGAUGUUAUUGAGGCUAUUGUAUUCAGUAUUCUACAUCAUUCUCCUGCAAGCAAGCUAAAGAAGUAGCAGCUGAAUGACCGAUGAGACAGACGGCAUCAGACUUGAUGCUAUCUUCAUACCUCAAUCCUCCAUGGAAGCUGGAUUAUACGCUUGGGUAGAAGCAUUUCUCGAUCAUGAUACGCAUCUGGUGUAGUAACAUUUUCUGUUGCACCUAUGGUCCGUCCAACGCCCAACAGAUAUGUAAAAUA